UUUAUUAAUAUGCUAAAUCAAUAAUAAUCAUUAUUGAUAUUAUUGAUAUAUAAAAUAUUAUAUUUAUUUCAUUGGAUUAAAUAUUUUGAUAUGUGAAUGAUGAUUAGUUAUCAAACGAAUACGAUGUCUUGCAAAAGAAAAUGCAACUUCUUUGAUAAUAUCUAUUAUUUCGCGAGAUUUUUUUUCGAUGUACUAUAAAAACGUAAGAUGUUAAUAAGAAAAGAGAGAGAAAGAAAAAGAGAGAAAGGACGAUAAAAAGUAGUGUUGACAGGUGCAAUAACGGUGAUCGCGUGUAUUGGCUUCAUGAGUAAAAAAAAGCGAUCGUGUAUAUAUCUAGUUUUUGCGAGUGAAAAAAGAUCAAUUGACUGAUAUUCAAGCAUACGAACACAUUCUUAAAGAUGUUACUACAUAUACAGUGUAAGCGCAAGUUUCAAAUAUCAAAUAACAUGAUCUACUUCUUCAACUCUUUUUCUUUUAAAGACAUCCGUUAAUUCGAAAGGAUAUAUGAUCCGCGUCCUUAGAACACGUGUUCACUGUCACGUGGUUCGUUCAAGAAAACAUGAAAUGAUCCAUGGAUUCGCGCAACAUCUUUCGAAUCUUUUUCAUCGAAUUAACUAUUAUUUCUCUACCUCGUGAGAUGUGAGAGUAACGAAGAAAUGGAGACACUUUAUACAGGAGCGAUCCAUGGGUUUCCUCAAUCGAAUGGCGGACUUACUAAUGGAAUUUCGACGGGAAUGGGUAGCUCGUUCGAUCAAGAUGGUGUCUUGAGUCUCAUUGUAGUUUUAGGAGGAAGCUUGUCUCUGGUGGCUCUAGUCUUUGCCUUCAUUACCUACAGCUUAUUCUCGGAUUUGAGAAGCCUGGCGGGCACGACCCUUAUGAAUCUCUUGGCAGCUCUCUUCAUGGUUCAACUACUCUUCAUAGUUGGAGUGGGUGGCGUUCAGGAUUCGGAGCUGUGCAUUUCCCUGGGGUUGAGUUUGCAGUAUCUUCGAAUGACGGUGGUUUGUUGGCUGGCUGCGAUGUGUCAUCAUCUUUACGCCACGGUCGCAUCGAUUCCACGGCGUGACGAUCCACCGACUUACCUCAAGUACAGCAUCUUCGCCUGGGGUGCACCAUUUCUCAACCUCGCCGUUGCCAUUUUUCUACAGAUUCGCGAAACGAGCAAUAUUUGGAACACUGUGGAUCUCACGCCUUUUAAUUGCUGGUUUAUGGGAACGAAGGCAACGAUUUAUACGUAUGGUUUGCCAGUCUUCCUGCUGCUUCUUUCCGCCGGUUAUUAUUUAAUCAAAGCUGCAAUUGUGUCCAGAUACACAUGCAGUAUGCAGUUGGAAAUAAAGCAACGCGAAAAGAUGAAAAGAAGAAGAGCGUUGCAAAUGAUUCUAUUUUUAAAAGUGUGUAUGAUAGUGGGUUUCGUAGCUGGAUGCGGUGUUGCAUCUAGGAUCUGGAAAAUCCCUUUUCUUUGGGCUGUAUUCUGCACUGCACAUUCUCUUCAGGGAUUAGCUGUAGCGCUGUCCGUCGCGUGCAACUGCAGAGUUCUCAAAGUCUACGCCAGGAAGUCGUACAAACAACCAAAACAACAGAUUGCGCAUUCUAGCAGUAGUAUGCAACUGCUCGCACCUGCACCAGACCCAGUCUAAAUUCACGGAUCUUUAGACUACUUUUGGACGAAAUCAGCCAGAAAAGGAUAGAAAAUAAAAAAAAAGCCCAUCGAAUCCAAGGAUUCCCAUUAUUUUUUCACAUAAAUAAAUCUCGGCCUCUUUACAAAAUAUUCUCAUAAUUGUAUAUCUGUAUUUAAUUUUCGUUUCAUAUAUUUCAGAGUCGAUUUUCCUCUUCAUUUUGUUUCGUUUUGUUUCGUUUUGUUUUAACAUAUUCGAAAAAUACAAAACGUUCGAAUUAAAAUUACCGUGAUUUCCAACCAUUUCCUGCUCUCCUUUUUUUAAAAAGUUAAGAAGAAGCAAUCUCGGACGUUGGUAAGAAAGGAAACUGCAUGAUAAAGCAGUCACAAUUUAUUUUAAAUUAGCUUUCCGUUUUCCAUUUUUCGCAUUCAGAGUUUGUGAAUAUUUUCGACUACAGACUAGAUUUUUCCUAUUGAAAAACUGUACAAAAUACCACACUCCAAUCCAACGAAAUUCGAAAAAUCAAAUUUCACGAACCUGUUAGUGACUACAAUGGACGCGAAUCGUGAACAGAUAAUGUCGAGAUAGUUGCGUCAACGAAUUGGGUUAACGUAGUAUCACGAUUCUUAAAUUUCGUGCACUUCGAAUUUUAAAUCGUAAAAAAAAAAA